CCAUUGUCUCGCCGUUGUGUUCCAGCAGACAGGGCUACAGAGUGACGCAGCGAGCGAAGGAGGGUCUGACGGCCUCACACUCUCCCAUCCCUGUGCCUGCCGCCCUUCUGAAGGAGCCCCCCUGCCCUGCCAGCCAUGGCCAGCAGAGGGACUGCCCGGCCCAACGGCAACCUGCCCCAGACCAAGAUCUGCCAGUUCAAGCUGGUGCUGCUGGGGGACAUGGCUGUGGGCAAGUCCAGCCUGGUGCUGCGCUUCGUCAAGGGCCAGUUUGACGAGUUCCAGGAGACGACCAUCGGGGCUGCGUUCCUGGCCCAGUCAGUCUGCCUGGACGACACCACGGUGAAGUUUGAGAUCUGGGACACGGCCGGGCAGGAGCGCUACCACAGCCUGGCCCCCAUGUACUACCGCGGGGCGCAGGCUGCCAUCGUGGUGUUUGACAUCACCAAGCCGGAGACCUUCGAGCGUGCCAAAGCGUGGGUGAAGGAGCUGCAGCGGCAGGCGAGCCCCAGCAUCGUCAUCGCGCUGGCGGGGAACAAGGCCGACCUGGCCGAUAAGCGCAUGGUGGAGUACGAGGAGGCUCAGACGUACGCCGAAGACACGGGCCUGCUGUUCAUGGAGACAUCCGCCAAGACGGCCAUGAACGUCAACGAGCUCUUCCUGGCCAUCGCCAAGAAAAUGCCAAAAACAGACACCCAGCACCCGACGCACGCAGCGCGGCACAGGGGGGUCAAUCUGCACGACCCCGACGCCCAGUCCAGCCGGGGCUGCUGUGGCAAUUAAUGCCCCCUCAGGGGGUCGGCGCCGAGGAGACCCCUCCCCCCCAGCCCCCAUCCCCAUCCCCAAAGUCCCCCUGCGCUGCUGCCACGGAGAGAGGGAGGGAGAGCGAGAGAGCGCUUCCUGCUACGGUUUUCUUCCCAGGAGAGCGGUGGAGGUUCCCGGGGCUGAGCAAGACCGAGCAAGGGGCCUGGAGUUUUCUAUUACAAGUGGCACUAAUAAUAGAUGUUUUGUUUUCUUUUAAUUUUAAAAAUAACGUUUUCGAUUCCUAUGGAUUAUCCUGCACUUUCAGUACCAACACUGAGGGACGGAGACAGAUAGACAGACGGACGGACGGACGGACAGACAGUGACGGAGGCAGAAGGCGAGCUUGAGAGACAGAAGCAGCAGGGGGGAGCCCAGGGCACACUGGGAUGCCCUCGGAGUGGUCUCUGUCGGUGGUCCCUGUGUGGUAUUUCCCUGGUGGGUCAGUCUGAUGGGUCAGCCUGGCCAGAGCAGUAAUCCAUACCCGAUGACAAGCCCAGUUGACAUGCUGUUACAGCUCCUCUGAGUACUGCAAAUGGACACGUUCUGAGAUUUUUCUGGAGGGCAGCACAGGUUCUCCUCUUUAUACCUGUUCCCAAUGUUUUCCGAUGGGCCACUGCUCCUAGCUGCAGGGGUAGGACAAGAUACUACAGCUCACGUGCCAGUGGUUUCUGGCCAUGUGAGGUUCUUGCAGUGAGGCAGGUGGUAGAUGGCCUGGGCUGAGACAGGACUGUGGACAGAUGGAUAGACGUUGUGUAAAGGGGGCAUAAGGCACUGGGGCAUGGGGCCCAUCCUUUCGGGAAGAACGGCAUUCAAGAAUCGGGAUUGUCCCGAUUGGCCCGACAUUUAAGGGAGUAAGACGGUGUGAAAUGUUCAAAAAUCCACACAAAGGAAUUAUCCCUACAGUAUUAAAGUUGCGAUCACCACCACCUUGGGCACAAUUCUGUUCAGCUUCACGAGUUUAGAAAAAUGCUGUACCAUGCAAGCGCUGCGCGAAACCUCGUGCAGCACUGCUCUGCACGGGCGAGUCUGGGAUUGUAUAUACGGUGCAAUUAAAUUGUGAGGGUUCUGAUGUGA